UGAUGCAGAAGGCCAGCACGCCCACGCCAGGGAGCCUCCGCCGCCCGCGACACCCAGCCCUGGUCAGACAGUUUUCCUUGCCGCAAGUGUUAAGGUGUCCAGUACCUCAGUAGCCGCCUCACAGCACAGGUGUUGCCCAGGUGUUGAAGGACACUUAGUGUGGAGUGCGCAGUGUCCCGCGAGUGUGUGUGAUGGGCGGAAGGACCGUGGCCACGGCAACUCUUCAGGGAGGUCGUGUGCCUGGCGACGCCCCCACACGCGCCUCCUAGCCUCCGCCGCCAUGUUGAGUGUGGGGGGGCUGCCCGACCUGGCACCUCCAGGGGUGCACCGCCGAUCCAAGAGUGACUGCCGCCUGGACAAGCCAGACAAGGCGAACGAUGCCGUGCCCCUCGCCCUCAGCCCGCGCAGCCUGUCCCCCUCCGCCCUGGAUGAACGCGCUCGCACGCGCCCCUCCUCGCCCGCCCUGGUGCGCUCUCCGUCCACCUCCUCCAUCCCUGAGAUAUUUAUCAGCGGCGAGGACGAGCACGGCUCGGCCAUGUCCCCAGUCACGCGUCUCGCCGUCUUCUCUCUCGCGGACUUUCUCGAGACGGUCACGCUGCACCCUGAGUCCCGCAGGCACCAGCUGCACCACCACCACCAACGGAAAAAGUGUAGCACCGGUGAUGUGGGCGGUAGCGGUCACGGCAGCGGGCGCAGGCGGUCCCCGCUCGCCGCCCGCAAGUCCACUCCUGCCGCGGGAGGACCUGGGGGCGGAGAGGUGAGCGCCGCCACCCCCGCCGGGAAUAAUGUAGGGGGUGGAGGCGCUGGCGGAGCGGCGGGGCAAGCGGCUCCCCAUCAGAGGACCACGAGCGGGGGCCAGACGGGGCGGCCUUCCAAUGCGGCCUCUCACUUCGAUGACACGGGGGUGCACUCCUCCACUGAAGACUGCGAUGCGCAGGAGACGGUGCCAUCCUCGGGGGUGUCCAAUGGAUCAGGCGAAUUGGUGGAUGCCCUGCGGUGCGCCACGGAUGGCGGAGGUGGUGGGGCGGGGCUGGACGACAGUGAGGACCAGCUGCCGCACCUCCAGCGUACCAGAGAGGCCGUGGAGCACAUCCAGAGCAAGAUACAGAAGACUAAAGACUUGAUUAAGGAGGAGCAGAAGGCAAGGGACGAAAAUGUCAAUGAAUACUUGAAGCUUGCUGCAAAUGCUGACCGGCAGCAGAUGACAAGGAUCAAGGCAGUGUUUGAGAAGAAGAACCAGAAGUCAGCUGCCUUGAUACUCCAGCUGCAGAAGAAGCUGGAGAACUACCAAAAGAGGUUACGAGAAAUUGAGACACAUGGGUUGAAUGCAGCGCACAGACAGCCCAAGGAGGUGCUGAGGGACAUGGGCCAGGGACUCAAGACGGUGAUUAGUAAGCCAAAGGAGAUAGCACACCUGAUCAAAAACAAAUUUGGUUCUGCUGACAAUAUCAAGGAGUUAGCCGGAGAGGAGGAUCGAGAUGAGGAGCGGGCACACCAUGGGUCAGCCACCCUGCCUGUGGGGGCCAGCCUGGUGCCCCCCACCUCCUCUAACACAGGGGCUGCCCUCCCAAGUCACCAGCAAAGCACGACGGGUCAGGGGGCCGGCGGCAGCAGCAGCGGCGGUGGCCACCAUGGCAGCAAGAUUGGGUCUGAGGAAGGGUCAGAGUGCAACUCGUCCAUCACCAGCGAGAGUGUCCCAGGCGGCAGCACCACCCUGGCGCAUCUCACCUCCCCCAGGAACCACCACAGCCAGCUGACGGGUGUUGAUUAUUUUGGUCAGGCGGGAGGAAUGUCGGUAGAACAGCUUCUCAUGGAGCUGAGGGAAAGCAGGGAGGAGAUAGCCAGACUAAGAGAGGAAAUAGACUCCACCAAACUGGCCCUGGCUGCCGAGCUGAAUGGCAUGCGGGAGGGGCUGGCCGAGGAGCGCUUCAGGUGUGAGCGGCUUGAGGAGCAGGUGAAUGACUUGACAGAACUACACCAGAAUGAGAUGGGCAACCUGGUGACAAACAUGGCAGACAUGGAGGAGAAGGUGCAGUACCAGAGUGAGGAGCGAAUCCGAGACCUUCACGAGAUUGUGGAGAACUGCCACACCAGGAUCUCCCGCAUGGAGCACCAGCAGGCCCAGCAGCAGCAGCAGUACCUCACCCUGGAGGGCCUCGAGAACAGCAAUGCCCGGGCUGUGUUUGUCAAGCUCAUCAAUGUGCUCCUCACAGUCCUGCAGGUGCUGCUGCUGGUGGUGGCUACGGUGGCCAACAUACUAACGCCACUGCUGCAGACACGUUCCCGCCUCAUAGCCACCACCACCAUCAUCAUCCUCGUCGUCUUCGUCUACAUACAGCUACCUGAGCUGAGGGAGAUGUGGCUGGGAGCCGUGGAGCGCUACCGCCAGCUGUUCUCCUUCGUGUAGGACGUCCGUGCUGUGCUGUCACCACUCAGGUGGGCAGGGCGCCGGCCUCCUCCACAGCGCAUUGCUCGAGUCCCUCAGCUUUGUUGCACCAGGUCCCACUGGGAAGAGUUAGAGGAAGUGCUGAGUGAGUUCAUUCAUUCAGCUUUCUCUCCACAGUAGUCUAGUAGAACCACCACAAGCAAGAGAGUCAUAUUGACUCCCUCGCUCAAAUGUUCUUAGAGGACUUAAGUGACUUAAGUCUGAUGCUGUGAACUGUACUAGGAUCAGCACAAGGAGACUGCACUGUUUUUAAAGUGGAUGUGCCGAGCAUCAACGUAGACUUUGUGGAAUAGUCUUGAUGAAUUACAGAACAGUGGUCAUGAGGUGAACAGUGUUCUUCAGUUGUAGCAGUGACAGUACCAAUGCAUGUUGCCAGUGACAGAACACCCCUUGCGGGGGAAGUGAUGGACCAUGACAGAGAGAGGACUUGGGCGUGUCGGCUUCCUGGAGUGGCCUCAACAACUGGAAAACACUGUGGUUCACGUGAUGGAGGGUUGGGGCAGGGCUUAUGUGAUAGUUCAUACCAAAGUUGGGAACAGCUUGUGCAUUCCCUUUACUCUCUUCCACUCCUCUCUCUUCUGCUCAGGCCAUCAGGUGUAGCCACACGGCACUCAUGGACAGGCAGGUGUGUGCAGGAGGCGCCUCUGUUGUCGGCUUGGCACAAAAUCACUUCUGCAACAUGCCAUAGACCAGCCCAACACCUUGCUUCUAUGGGAUGCACGUCAGACCUUGGAAUCACAUGUUCCUGCCAAUAGUUUGUAACAAUAAGGGCCCCGUGUUGCCAGGGCCGACAAGAGAGGCGUGGCCCACGUGCAUCCUGCCAACUCUACAGACUUGCUCCCCAGCUCUCUAUUCCUUCCCUUCACCCUCUAUCUCUGACCCCAAGCCACCUCCAUCAGGCAUUAUUAUUAUUAUUAUUAUUAUUAUUAUUAUUAUUAUUAUUAUUAUUAUUAUUAUUAUUAUUAUUAUUAUUAUUAUUAAUAUUAUGCCACUUUUCUGUACUUCAUCACUGUACAUUUUCUAAUUUGUUGUAUGAUGAUGAUGAUGAUGAGGUAUUAGGAUGUUGUUUGGGAAUUUGGUGCUGGUGUGAGAGCAAGACACUCACCAUGUUACUCACACUGGCCUCUCAGUGUAGUGUGUGUGUGUGUGUGUGUGUGUGUGUGUGUGUGUGUGUGUGUGUGUGUGUGUGUGUGUGUGUGUGUGUGUGGAAGAGUGAGAAUGUGGGAGUGUGAGUCAGGAUGUUGAUGGUGUCAUCUGUGAAGAGUGAUCCACAUUGUUCACAUCUUGGACUGCUUUUAAUGACUGUCUUGUUUUCAAAAUUUAUAUUACAACAUGGGAAGCAUCACCACAUGCAUUUUUCAUUGAGUGCUGCGCCCUCUGACGUCCUCAAACCAUUAGUCUCUCAAGGAGUUUAUUCAAACACUUGAUAUGGGUCAGUGAGUUCAUCAGGAAUAGCCUAUGAAAUUCAAGGAUGGAUUUCCUAUAGCAAUAAUUUAAAGUUUAAGGUAAGAAGCUGCAAAUUGAUAUUCAAAUAGUAGAGCAAAAUAUGAAAACCUAAACUCUAAAGCAAUAUUCCAAAAAUUAAGGUGUUGAAAGUAUAUUUUAAACUGGUAGAGGGGUAAAGUCUAAGGCACCUGAACUCCUGUUGUUCUUGUGUUCUCUUCAAACGGAAGGAAAAUACUGCACACCAUUUGAGGCAUUGUAUGGUUACACACUCCAGCAACUUUUGGAAUGAGAAGCUUAUAGAAGUAGAGUUGCCUUGUACUUACAUCCACUCAUGUACCACCUUGUGUUUGGCCCACUGCUUAGACCCUAAGAUCCAUAUUCAUGCCUGUUCCUAACUGCGACGGAAGCGAUGCAGGCACCACCGCGCCAAACACACCGCUGUGACUGUGGCCGCUGCAGUCCACUGGAUGCCUGGCAGUGCUGUGAAGGAAACAGGUUGAUCUUAGAGGACACCUUUACAGCAAUGGUGGCGGUGGUAGUGCAGGUGUUUGUCCCCAUCUCGGCCAGUGCAGAUAUUACAGGCACUCCUCUCUCCCUCCAUCUAUGACCCAAGGUAAUGGUGAGGCACCAGUCUGGUGUAUCACGAGAAAUGAGCAAGAGGAGUGCCCUGCCGCCCCACGCUCUGGCCUUCACCACUACCACCACCACCACCACCACGACUACUUUCCCUCACUGAGGACUCAGGAUCACACGUCCAUGUCCCGGGGCCGGUGGUGUGCGGGCGUGCUGAACGGCCCAUGUCGGGUGUGGGGACGAUCAUGUGUGUGCAUUGCAGUCGCUGUUAUGAACUCCCUUGAGUACGGGUGUGUGUCGUGUGUGGGAAGCCGGCCGAGGCUCGGGCCGGUGGUUAACGUCUUAUUAUAUGUUUUCAUAGAUAAUAAUACUGUAGGGAGGAGCAUAGUAAUGUGCGAGAAUAAAGACUGUGUGGGCCUCACUGGCAAUUUAUAGCCAAGCCUUCAGUAUUGAGGCUCUUUGUAUUUAUUGUAUUGUCACCCUGUGUACAUUUAUAACAUUGUGGGUCUGUUGGUUGACUCCAUUAUUACUAUGAAGUUUUGGGGCCAGUUUGGUAUUAUAUUAAUAUGCGCCACUUGAAGUCUCAAGUAUUAGAGCAGCAUUGGGCCCCAGUGUGACACUUGAGUAUAUUCCCAUGUCCUGCAGAUGCCUAAAUCUUAGCAUAACGUAGAGACACAUUGGCUGUUGAAUCAGUUCAGACAGGAAUUCCAUUUUCCACAGUGAUUUUUUGGUGAGGUUACCAGUGGUUGCCCAUUCUUGGUUAUAUUAAGGGAAUUCUUGCUUUUUUUUUCUAGUUGACUCUUUGUUUAGGGGAAGCAGGGUGUGGCCGGAGGAGGGUGAGUGUUGCUCCCCUCGCUCCGCCACGCCCGACCUCGGCCACCGGUGUAAUGCAUUACGUUUGAGAUCUGACACAUCUGUAAAGUUUUAUUUUCAAAGUGCAACUUUUUGAGAAAUUUGAAGCAUAUUAUAUAUUAAUUUUAAAGAUUUUUUCCUAGGAAAUUUAUAGUAAAGAAGACACUCUG